CCGCACCUGCAGCCUGCUUCACCUCCUCCAGCUCCGCCGCCGCGACCCAGGACCAGACGAAGGAGGAAGGAGGACCGGACCGCCGGAAUCACAGCGAUGGGCGCCGCCGCGACCGAGGGCCAGACGAAGGAGGAAGGAGGACGGACGGCCGGAAUCACAGCGAUGGGGUUACGCCCAGCGAGGAAGCAAGGUCGAGCGACGGGGUUACGCCCUGCGAGGAAGGGUCGAGCGACGGGGCUACGCCGAGCGUGGAAGGGAGAGUUACUCUCCUUCGUCGGGAGGGUGCUCUUCGCCUCUACCUUCCUCCUCUCCGUCUACCAGGAGGCAACUGAGUUUGGAGAUGAUGGCGGACCAGCAGCCAAGUUCCUGGAGCCCAAAUUCAACCGCUUCGUCAAGCAGGUGUCCACCUACACUGGAAUGGCUGUGCCGCACGUCGAGAUCAAGACCGUCGUCGCCGUUACCAUUCAUCUCAGAGCCGGUGGUGCUCUCCUGUUCAUCUUUUAUAGCUCGAUUGGCUCGUUUCUACUGAUUGUUUAUCUUGCGUUCAUAACCCCUAUUGUGCACGACUUCUACAACUACAAAAGAGGGUCGCCGCAAUGUGUUCUGCUGUGUAUCGAGUUUUCACAGAACCUGGCCCUUUACGGUGCGCUGCUCUUCUUCUGGGCGAUGAAGAGAUCCAUCGAAGGGCGAUGAAGAGAUCCAUCGCAGAGAGGGAUCUGCAGUAGGAUUUGGGCUUUGAGGGAGAGCGCAUUGCUUGGCUGAGCAUCAAAUGGACUUAGAAGUGACUUAUUUGAUGAGGAUAUGAAAUCAGAAUGCUACUACUAAAGCUAUUUUGCAACUUAAUCUCUGUAGCCUAUCAUGGUUUUAGCUCAGAAUAUUUGUUUGGAGUGUUGUCCCAUCUGAGUUCAGGCUUCCGUUUAGUGGAGUUUCAAUGUUUGUGAUA